AUGCUGGACCUGCUGUCGCCUCUGCGUGGCUACAUCGCGCAGAGUCUCCAGUUCUACUUGAGCAAGUACAUUGAGGACAUCCAGCUGGAGCGACUGGGGCUUUUUGGCGGCGACCUCGUGCUCAACGACCUCAAAAUCAAGCGCCACGUGCUGCGCGAGAGUCUCGACAUUCCCUCGAGCUUCGACUUCUCGCGUGGCUUCAUCCGAGAGCUGCGGAUCCACAUUCCCUGGACACAGCUGCUGUCUCAUCCUAUUGAGGUGAAGCUCUACACGAUUGAGCUCAUCCUGACGGCCAAGAACGAACAGCCAGAGCAGCGAGCAGCGAGAGGAUCGACGGUGAGCACAGCAGGAGCAGCAGCGGUCGGGAAAAAGGAACAAGAAGAAGAGGAGGAGGAAGAGCGGUCAAAGAUGGAGCAUCCUAAGUCUGGAUGGAUUCACGACACUUUGCAGACGAUAUUGUCCAAUAUUAGCGUCCAGGUGAACAACCUCGUGCUCAAGUACGAGCAUGAUGACAUUGUGUUCUCCAUUGCGCUGGGGACUUUGGACUUUUAUUCUGCAAGUGAGAGUAGCGGGUGGAAACGAUGCUUUGACCAGCUUAAGGGAGAAAAACGCGUGAUCCGUAAAAGUGUUGACGCCAAAGAUGUUACCAUUUUUCUUGAUCGGUACAUGAGUACCAAACAUAGCACGGCGGGAGACCCCGUGCGGCGGAAUGUGAUUGGUUACGAGGUGCCGGUGCUAAGCCGGACGUCGGCUUCGGUCCGAGCCAAGUUGCAGCUCUUCUCUACCAUCGCGAGCGGCGGCCAGAAUGAUCGCAGCAAUAGUCCUAUUUUUUCAAGGUCCCCUGUGCACCAACAACGAAGUACGGCGAAUCAUAAUGUCGCUGAAAGCAGCAUGUUUGAUGAAGGCGGAUUGUGUGCAUAUAGACCGUCUGAGCUGUGCGACCCGUUCUACCCUUACUCGUGCCGUCGCUCACGCUUGACACCCAUGUACGAGGUGGAUGUUUUCAUUGGUAAACUGUCCUUCUCCGUUAGCGACAGCCAACUAGAAAUGCUGAAUCAGCUAAUCAAGAGCGCAAGCGGCAAGAUGAGACAGUCUCACGAGCUGCCGUUCCAAGGACGCAGUCCAGAUCACGUACCAAGCGGUGGCAAGAAAGCAAAGCGCCCCUCUGUUUCUCACAUUCCUGCUAUUCCUGUUGUGAAUCCAAGCGGAGGAAAAAAGAUGAACCGCGUUGCUAAGAAGCAAGAGUCAUGGCUCGGCUGGGUGAUAAAUGCUCUAGGUACAGCUGGAGAUGAAAAAGAAGAGGAUGCACUAGUUUCUGAGCUGCUUGCCGAGACAAAAAUGGCCUUGCUUAAGGUACAGCCACCAAGCAACCACGGUGAUGAGGAUCCACUGGUCAUCAAUGAUGCAGCUACUAAGAUAUUUUGUGUACGGCUGUGCAUCAGCUCGGCAUCUAUGAUGUUGCGGAAGCAUGAAAGUGCGGGUCAAGAAGUGGAGCAUCAAGACUUUGCGACCACCGAAAGCGGAGAAGAGCUUGUUCCGGUAGCAAACCUCGGUAUGGUGAGGGUUAUGGCGCAAAAGACAAGAAGAAAAGUAGCUCGACCAGCCGUACCUAUUUUGAGCAUACAUCUCAGCUACGUUGCGAUUGAGGCGCUUCUACCACGCAACGGAGAACAAAAUGGACUCGAUUUGGUGCUCGAAAUCGAUAAGGUCGAGCUGACAUCGGUGACAGUCAGCGAAAAUCGAGAAGAUUUGACAUGUAAAAAAGGGCAGAUCUUGCUCACGUGGGGCUCAACUGAUUCAGUUCACGUCCCCGACUAUGUCUCUCAUCCGUACUUCACCAACUCAUUUUUUGGCGAAGAGGCAACACGAUGGAAUCGACGUGAAGAGCGGAGCUCUGAAAUUAUCAAAGUGGGUUUGGAUGCUGGUGUUCCUACUUGGAAAACGUUGGAACCCAGUAGAAACUUGGGGGGACAUUUGGAUCUUCCUUGUGAGUGUUUUACAAUAUGGGAUGGCGAGCGUAUUCCUUGUGUCCCGAUAGCCACUUUGUCUCUAAUUUGUCAUGACACGAUAAGGAUCAUUGGAAUAAAGGAGCGAAUUCUCGACGAAGGCAUCUUAUCAAAUGCCGUAUCCACCGCUUGGGCUUCCCAUGACUGCUCGAUUGUACUUUUAGAGGGAAUGACUCGUUCCCUUGUCUCGCUCGUGAAGGAAUAUCGCGUCUUCCGGAAUCCCGAUGUCGGAGCUCUGGACAAUCUGACCCGUCUACUCCAGCCCCAAUUGAAUUCACUAUUCGCUCGUUACACACUACACUCGUGUUCAGCGUCUUCGCUCUUCUUGUCGUCUGACGGCACCAAUGUUCGAUGCCGGAGUCUUCAUUCGGCACUGCGCCUGCACUUGGCAUUAACGUCAACCUCCACGCAUCGUAACGAACCAUCGGCCAGCAGUCAUACGAACGAGAAAAGGUCUUGUAAGGUGUCGGACGUAUCUAUCGGCGCUGUUCGUGCUAUGUUGGAUCCAUCAAAAUGUUCGGAGAUAUUGGAAGCGCUGUCCAUUAUCGUGCGUGGUAGCGGAGCUAACAAGGGCACGACGGAGACCGCAAAUUCUAGGUCUAUGAUAUCAGACACGCCUCAUGCGGCGCACAGUACUAAGUCUGUCCUGGAAAAGGACGUUAAGUUGGUCACGGUUAGCAGUAUCCAUAUAUGUCUGCCAGAUCACUCUGCAGCAGAAAAGAAGGAAGAUGAGCUGGAAGCUAGUGCUUGUAAUGAUCUGAUUGUUAUCGCGCGCGACUUUGCGUGGUCAGGAGCCAGUAAUCCGGGUCGCAAUGAGCGCUGUCAAUAUCUUGGCACGUUAUCCGUACAUUUGACACGACCAUCGAGUCAACUCACGCCGAUGACGCUUGUAGAAGCACUGGGGUUGAGUUGUUCAGUCAUGAAUAGCUCAGCUGAUGGAGACGUCAAUGUCAGUUUAUGCGCGAAUCUGGCCAAAUUGAAGCUCGGUAUGAGUACGUCUGCCGCGCAGGAUGUUGCGUCAAUGAUAAACAGCAUAGCAAGCCCUUUUGGAUACCCCGUUACGUGGGAACCACUAGUUCUGACGCCGAAAGUGUUGCGAACUGCUUUUCAGAUUGAAGCGUGCGGGGUUGGGGUUUCCGGAGCAGUUUGUAAUCGACCCAGGCUGGUGAUGGCUCAGCGCCAAUCGUUCAGCGCUGGAGCUGCAUCAAUCAGCGCCAAUAUGACAAGGGCAGGACGCAGAAGUGAAGUCAUACUGCAAGGCGGUAUUGCCCCGACAACGGCCGGUACAACGGGGUUGACUACGCCACUAUUGAAGCUUGAUGUUUUGCAAGAUCAGUCAUCGGGUGCACUAAAUGCCUUAUCGCUCCUUCACCCGCUUGGUCUUUUUUCUAUGAUCAAUGGACCUUUUGCAGCAGCUUGUGUGCAUUACCAUCUUGCGAUGAAUGCGCAGCUUGCGCGAGUGUUCGUGGACGUGCAAGGUGUGUUACAGACCGUAGAUGCUACUUUGAGUCUUGUGCAAGGAGUGAAGGCAAAUCUGCCGCCUCAAAAGAGUUGGGUCCCCAAGGGGAAGACUGCGAACGAAAUGCAAUGGCAAAGGAUGGUUUAG